GACGGUCCAGUCAUCAUCAUAAUUUCUAGCUACGGUCGGUCGGUACAUUUCACAUUUCACAUUUCACAUUGCACCACGAGGCUGAAAUCUUUCUUCCUCCAUGACAAUACGUACAGACUACAGCAACGCCAUCCAUAAUACGGCCAUUCUUUGCAUGACGAAGGCUGAAUCAAAGCCGUAUUCAGUAUCCCAUACAUACCUGUCAGAUCAAGUCGAGCAUCCAACUGCCUCGCAACUUCACAUCAGCACUUGCGCAGCCACAAAUCUCCGUUAUCAACCACUUAUCCACCAACAAACAGUAGACUCUCGCAGAACAACUACGUUUUUGGCCUAUUUUCUACAAUAUCUCCGGUCUUUUAUCCUCGCAUAAAUCAAGCCGUCAAAAUGACCCCUCGAAAGCCUCGUCAGCGUCAAAAUCAUCCCGGUCCCUCUCAGUUACACCAAGUUCAAGCUUCCGACUAUGAUACCGAGACGCCAAUACUAGGUCCCGCACCUCCUACUCGUACCAACGAAGAACUCAAUCUAUCAGUCCUCAGACGCUAUCAUCCAUCCAUCAAAAAGAUCACUUCGCUCGCGGCAUCGGCCACUAUGUACAUGUUUUCUCUAGAGUCAAAAACUUGGGAGAAACUUCCUAUCGAAGGUACAUUGUUUGUCUGCGAGCUUUUACCCUCGCCUACAACCGGUGCUGAAGACCACUGCAUUGUGGUCCUUAAUCGCAAAGGCCUUAAUAAUAUCAUUCACGAUUUCAGCGAAAUGAACAAUGUCGAGAUUAAUGGGGAAUAUUUAUACUGGACGGUUGAAAAGUCAGAGACUGUUGGAGGUACCCCUGUUGCGAAGGCUUAUGGUAUAUACAUUCAUGAUGAUGAGACGGGUACGAGAGUUGCGAAUCAGUCGGAGAUUCUCAAGAAUUGGAAGAAAACGCAAGCUACCAUGCUUGACGUGCAAACGAUAGAGAGUAUGGUAGAGAACCAUGGAAGUGGAGAACCCCAAGGACCUCAGUCCCAAAUUCCAACCAGCCAAGUAGAAGCGCAAGGAGGUAGGAGGUUGAGUAUAACAGAUUUAUUUGGUGCUCGUUGAACAAUCCCAGCAAGAUAGUUAUCAGGAAAAGUGUUAUUCGCUGCGUUCAAAAACGGGUACUAAAUGGGGAAGCAUCAAGAUCUUUCGCCUGUCCAUACCAUGUUCAUAGCUCGAAAUGAUCUAUUAGAUCAUUGAGUUUUGCAUCGAGCGUUGCUCCACGGCUAGUAUCAAAGAAGAUUAUUGCCGCCGAGCCGUAGGGAAUUAGAAAGAAUGGCAAAGGUGGGCAUCAGGAAGAGUUAUAGCAAGACGGUAACCAACAUAAGAUCCAAAGGUCUAAGGAAGGUCGUUUGUGUGAAGGAUUCUACAAACAUCUGUAGUAGCCCAUCAAUGUAACACAGGCUUAUGAAGAGGCGAAUGGCAUUUCACCAUUUGUGUGUUUUCCAAUCUUGUCUCUUUGCAAGAAUAUUUCUGCGAUAUCCUAUACCUGUUGUUAGUACAAACGUGAUGUUUUGGCAGCCUUUUGAAAUGGCGAGUGACAUACAUCCACCGGGUUUGCCAUACAUCGAGUCAUAAUAUCUUGCCACGUAAAUUAAACAUAAUGCCAAACUUAUUUACA